AUGGCUUUUAUGUUUAAAAGAGAAGGUUGUUAUAGUAAGAAUAGAUUAAAUGAAGUGUUUAGAAAAAAUAAGCCAUUUAUUAAUCAACUGAUGUAUGAUUUAACAUCCUUUCAUUAUGAGAAUUAUAUGAAAAAUAAAAUUCAUAAAAAUAUUAUGAAUAACUAUAAUAACAUAGAAAAAAUUCAGUCAAUGCUCAAUUUAAUAAAUGGCGAAAAGGAAAAUGCCUUUAAAAUAAAAACUGGAUACUUUUACUUUCGUAGUGGAGUUCCAGUGAUCACGCCACACAUUGAACAGUCCAACGAAUUUGCUGAAAGUAAUAAUUAUACAUACAACUUUAAAAACAUAAAAAAGAAAUAUCUUAAGGAAGUUUACGAUUCUUAUAAACACAAAAUUGGAGGUACAGACCCAUCAGUACCUCAUUUUUAUAAGCACAAGUGA